AUGGGCGUUCCUGAACAACAGCCGAGGAGGAGUGCAAGUAUCAAUUGGGAUGCUCCUCCUCCCUACGAAGAAUUGUACGCGUUCGGUAAUGAAGAGUCUGGUGUCUCUACUUCAGUCCAAGACAAUGGACGAAUUAGUAUGGCAUUUUUGGGUAAUACCUCACCACUGCCUCCAAUCUAUUCACCCGAGAAUAUACCGCAAGUAAAAUCAGAGCCCGUGAAAUCGUAUCCAAGACUUAAUGUAGUCAUUCAGGUAGUUGGAAGUCGAGGUGAUGUUCAACCCUUCAUAGCCUUGGGCAAUGAACUUCAACUCGCAGGGCAUAGGGUGCGUAUUGCUACUCACGAUGUAUUUGAAAGAUUCGUACGAGAUGCCGGAAUAGAAUUCUAUGCAAUUGGUGGCGAUCCAACGGAAUUAAUGGCAUACAUGGUCAGAAACCCCGGAAUCUUUCCAAAAAUAAGUACCCUGGCCAGUGGAGAAAUAUCCAAGAAAAGAAAAAUGAUAUCCGCCGUUCUCGAAGGAUGUUGGCGAUCCUGUGUCGAACCUGAUUCUAAGACUGGAGAACCAUUUAUCGCAGAAGCAAUUAUUGCCAAUCCACCGAGUUUUGCUCACAUACAUUGUGCUCAGGCAUUGGGUAUUCCAGUUCAUCUUAUGUUUACUAUGCCGUGGUCGGCUACAAGAUCAUUCCCUCAUCCACUUGCAAAUAUCCAAUCUACCGAAACAGAUCCUAAAACAGCGAAUUUUCUUUCUUAUGGAUUGGUUGACACGAUGACUUGGCAAGGACUUGGAGACGUAAUUAACCACUGGAGAAAGAAGUCCCUUGAUCUUGAACCGGUCCCUGUGAUGGCUGGUCCUCAUUUAGUAGCUUCUCUCGAUAUCCCAUUUACAUACUGUUGGUCGCCAGCACUUGUACCGAAACCACAAGAUUGGCUACCACAUAUAGAUGUUUGUGGAUUUUUCUUUCGUCCGCCCCCAUCAUAUGAUCCCGACGCGAGGAUUUUAGGAUUUCUGGAAGCAGGCCCAAAACCCAUUUAUAUAGGAUUUGGAAGCAUCGUAAUGGAAGACCCUAAAGCCAUGACCGCGACGAUUAUGGCUGCAGUGCAAAAUUGUGGUAUCAGAGCAAUUGUAUCGAAGGGUUGGAGCAAACUUGGACAGGAGGUUGAGAAUGAGAAUAUUCUGUUUAUUGAUGAUUGUCCUCAUGAAUGGCUAUUUAAGCACGUUUCGGCUGUCAUCCACCAUGGUGGAGCAGGAACAACAGCAUGUGGAUUACUCAAUGGUCGUCCUACAGCGAUCGUACCAUUUUUCGGCGACCAGCCAUUCUGGGGAAACAUGGUCGCAGCAGCCGGUGCUGGUCCCGCACCUAUAGAGCAAAAAUCUCUUAACGUCACCACUCUCUCCGAUGCCAUCAAAUUCCUCCUCUCCCCCGAUGUAGUAACGGCAGCACAAACCCUUGCUUCAAGAAUCCAACACGAAAAUGGCGUGAAAGAAGCCGUCAAUUCAUUCCAUCGUAAUCUCCCCAUCAAAGCCCUUAGCUGUGCGCUCUUAACUCAACAACCCGCAACAUGGUAUUGGAAAAAGGGUAAAAAACAUCUCAACUUAUCUCACCAAGCUGCUGCCAUUCUCGUCGAGAAGAAAAAAAUAAACGCCAGUGAUCUUUCCUUAUACAAACCCCACCCCAUAACCAUCACCAACCGUCGCUGGGACCCCUGGACUGCCACCACCUCCGCCGCCUUCGACAGCGCCCUUGACAUCACCCGCGCCAUAACCAACAUCGGACUCGACUACCGCACCGAAUAUAUUCGCGCUCUAGCACGACCACUCCGUAAGAAGCAAAGCGAAACUGGCAAAGGCAUCGAAACCGACACCGACACCGCCUCAUCGCGCAGCGCUCUACAAGCGAGCUCCAUCGCGGUCGGAAAAGGGUUCGGAAAAGUCGGCAUCGCGAUGAGUAAGACAGCCAUCGAUUUACCACUCGCGGUUGCGGAUGGCUUUCAUGCAUUACCAGCGCUAUAUGGGGAGAAACCGAGGGAGUAUGGACAGGUGAGGGACUGGAAGAGUGGAGGUAUCAAGGGAGCUAAGAAUUUCGGCUAUGGAAUCGCAGACGGCUUCACAGGAAUCUUUACACAACCCAUCCAAGGCGCCAUGCAAGAAGGCGGAAAGGGAUUUCUGAAGGGUCUUGGAAAAGGCACGGUGGGGUUUCUCACCAAACCUGCUAGUGGCGUCUUCGGACUCGUCUCCUACCCCGCCCUCGGCCUCUACAAAACCCUCAACACAUCCACGCACCAAGGAACACAGGGCAGAAUUCUCUUGGCACAGCGGGAAUACGGCAUGCAUCUUGCGAUGACGCGGCAGAUUUCCGAGGAGAUGAGUGAGAAGAUUGUAGAGGAUUUCGAGUGGGUGGUUGAGGGGGCUUAG